GGGAGGGCAGGCGGCUCCUAGCUCAGGCUGGAGCCGGGUGGCUUUGUUUCCCCAUAAAUAAAGAGUCCGGCGGCGGCUGCCCUAUAAAUGCUGCGGCUGGGCCGCCUGCCCUGCCCAGUGCGGGGGCUUAGGACCUAGCGCAGGCAGGGCCAUGGCAGCAGGCGGCCGGCAGGCUGGGCCCAUGCCGGACCUCGGGCGCUAUGUGGUGUCCCGGCCCAUAUACAGCGAGGCGGCCUUUCAGGAGGAGAACGAGAAGAGAGCGCACCUGCGGCCGACCCUGCGCGAGCGAGUCCAGGGAGCCUGCAGCUGUUCAAGAAAAAAGGCCUUUCAGAUAACCAAGUCCUUUCUCCCUGUCCUGGAAUGGCUACCUAAGUACAGAGUAAAGGAAUGGCUAGUUAGUGAUAUCAUCUCUGGUGUCAGUACGGGGCUUGUAGCUACUUUACAAGGUUUGGCAUUUGCUUUACUGGUUGCAGUUCCUCUUGGAUAUGGUCUCUACUCUGCGUUUUUUCCCCUCCUGACAUAUUUCUUCUUGGGAACAUCAAGGCACCUCUCAGUUGGACCUUUCCCUGUGGUCAGUUUGAUGGUGGGAUCUGUUGUGCUGAGCAUGGCACCUGAUGACAAGUUCCACAUAAUGAGCAGUAAUGCUACAGGGCUUAACAAAACGCUGAUAGACACUGUAUCCAGAGAUGCACAGAGAGUAGUGAUUGCCAGUACCCUCACAUUUCUGGUUGGAAUUAUACAGCUUGUGUUUGGAGCGCUUCAGAUCGGUUUCAUUGUGAGGUACCUUGCAGAUCCCCUGGUUGGAGGAUUCACAACUGCAGCUGCUUUUCAAGUUUUUGUUUCACAACUGAAAAUAGUCUUAAAUGUUUCAACCAAAAAUUAUAAUGGGAUCCUUUCCAUAAUAUAUACCCUCAUCGAAAUAUUUCAAAGAAUUGGUACCACCAACAUUGCAGAUCUCAUUGCUGGGCUACUCACCAUUUUUAUUUGUAUGGUAGUUAAAGAAAUAAAUGAUCGAUUCAAACACAAGAUCCCUGUUCCUAUUCCUAUAGAAGUAAUCGUGACAAUAGUAGCCACAGGGAUCUCAUACGCUGCUGACCUGGAAAAAAAGUACAAUGCAGGCAUUGUUAAAACCAUUCCUAGAGGGUUUUUGCCUCCUGAGCCUCCAGCUGUCAGUAUGUUUUCAGAAAUGAUAGCAGCCGCAUUUUCCAUUGCUGUGGUCGCUUAUGCUAUCGCUGUGUCUGUGGCAAAAGUCUAUGCAACGAAACAUGACUAUCCUAUUGAUGGAAACCAGGAAUUUAUUGCCUAUGGGAUCAGCAAUGUGUUUGCAGGAGCUUUCUCUUGUUUUGUUGCUACCACCGCUCUAUCACGUACUGCUGUCCAGGAAAGCACUGGUGGCAAAACCCAGGUUGCUAGCAUAAUCUCAGCAGGGAUUGUACUGAUUGCCAUUGUGGCUCUGGGGAAACUGCUAGAGCCCUUACAGAAGUCUGUGUUGGCAGCUGUUGUCAUUGCCAACUUGAAAGGGAUGUUCAUGCAGGUGUUUGAUGUUCCUCGUUUGUGGAGGCAGAAUAAGGCGGAUGCUAUGAUCUGGAUUUUCACAUGUGUGGCAUCCAUCAUUCUGGGUCUUGAUUUGGGAUUACUUGCUGGCCUUGUGUUCGGAUUACUGACAGUUGUGGUGAGAGUUCAGUUUCCCUCGUGGGGUGGCCUUGGGAACGUUCCUGGCACAGACCUCUACAAGAACGUCAAGAACUACAAAACUGUUGUUGAACCAGAAGGAGUGAAGAUUCUCAGAUUUUCCAGUCCUAUUUUUUAUGCUAAUAUAGAUGGAUUGAAAAGCAGCCUGAAAUCCACUGUGGGGUUUGAUGCAAUUCGCGUGCAUAACAAGAGGCUCAAAGCACUGAGGAUGAUACAGAAACUGAUCAAGAAAGGAAAAUUAAAAGCAACUAAGAAUGGCAUCAUCAGUGAUUCUGGGACUACCAAUGAAGCUUUUGAAUCUGAUGAAGAUCUUGAUGAUCCUGAAGAUCUUAAAAUUCCAACCAAAGAAGUAGAGAUCCAAGUGGACUGGAAUUCAGAACUCCCAGUCAAAGUGAAUGUCCCCAGAGUGCCUAUCCACAGUUUAAUUUUUGACUUUGGAGGUGUAUCAUUCUUGGAUGUUGUAGCCGUGAGGACAAUGAGAAUGAUAGUUAAAGAGUUCGAGAGAAUUGAUGUGACUGUAUACAUCGCAUCACAUCAAGACAACAUUAUAACAAAGCUGGAACAAUGUGGCUUCUUUGAUGAUAACAUCAGAAAAGACAUGUUCUUCCUGACUGUCCAUGAUGCUGUGCUUUACAUACAGCAUGAAAUGAUGCACAGGGACAUCCAGGAUCCUAUUUUUGAAAAGAUUUCACUGAUGCAGGAAUCUAAGGAACCAAUAGAUUUCUCAGAAACAGACAAGCUUGAUGAUGAACUUGAUGUUCAGGAGGAGGCCAUGCGCAGACUUGCUUCAUGAAGGAAAACUAUUACGAAUAUCUUGGACUCCAUGGCAAUAUUCAGGCACCAAUACUAUAUAAGCGUUUUCUGCACUGGGACUUGUCUUUGCACUUGAAGAAAACACUAAUUUCUUUGUCUGAACUCCAUCGAUCUCUAUAAAUCUCCAAAUUUUGUCUAUUGACAUGUAAUCCUUGAAACAAUCAAGUUUGAUCAGAAAAAUGUGUUCAUAGAAUCAGCGUUGGCAAGAUAUGGGAGGCAGAUCAUCAGAACUAUUACAGAAAUUGCAGCUAGUUUUAGGGUUUGUCAGUCUGUGUCUAUAACCCACUGGUAUAUCAAUGCAUAUAGGAAAAAAUAGCUUCUUUAUGGUAACUCGGCCCCAGGGGUUGAGGAGAUUGUAAGCUCUUCUUGGGGGCAGGAACUGUCUCUUAUGUAUUUGUAUUGUGCCUAGCACAAUGGAGCUCCAACCCUGAUGGGAGGCCUCAAGGUGCUACUGUAAUACAAAUAAUAAAUUCCUCACAAAAGAGAAGCAAUAGGUAGUAGCAGCCCUAGGCCCUGACCUGCAAAAGGAUCUGUAAUCCCAUGCAAUUAGUUUCCCAAGACGUUAACACGGCUGCAUUCAACAACACACGUCUUUAAAAUUUAUCUAUUAGUCAUUCAAAAUAAUUUCUGGGUUUGUUGCAGUAUUACAGUCUCAAUAUAAAAAAUCCCUUAUAUAACAGAAAUGGAGUACAGGUAAAAUGUAUUCACUCAAAACUGUUUACUAUAUUGCUAUAAAAUGUUAACCAUAUAUAUGGAUAAGGCUCAAUAAGAGGGACUAUUACUUAAGAGUCUUGAUUCUUUAGUGCUAUUUUUAGUAACUCAUGCACUCCUGGUUAAUAAUCAUUACUGAAAUUAAACCUAUAUAGAUUGAACAGUACCUUACUCUACAAAUAGUCCCAUUGAAGUUAAUGGAAUUUGUGGACUAGGCUGCUAUAAAACUGGAGUAAAGAUCUGACUUAAUAUCUAGUUUGGUUUUUGAAAUGGGAUUAUACAGUAUCAUUGGUUUAAUGAAGAAUUAUCUGCAUAAACUGUUUCAUUCUUUUAAUACUCUACAAACUGUUUCUAUUCUUUUGAAAGUACACAUUUUUUAGAAGUUAUGCUACAAUCCCCUAGUGCAAUAAUUUACACAAAUUAAAGGAUUACAAGAAAACCUUUUUAACUUCUGUUUUUAAGGCUUUAUAUUGGCUAUGUAAGAAAUGAUUGUUCCCAUGUAAUGAUUAUAUGUUUAGAUGAAAAAUUACACAAAUUGUUCAUUAAAAAUUAAAUUAAAUUGUAAAUAAAUUAGUUUUAAAACUGAAA